AAUAAUAAUUUUAACAUUAGUGAAAUAUGUUUAAAACCUUUCGAGAACAAGUAAGUAAAUUAAUACAUUAUUUUAAAACAACAACAACAAAUAUAGAAAAUAGACGCAGAAUCACUAACAUAAAUUAAAACCAUUCAAUACCCCAACAGGAUCAGUUGUCGUCGAUAUUAUGAAUGAAAGGAUUUUGAUCAAUAAUAUUAAGAUUUAGCCAAUGUUUACCAAAUGCACAUCGAACCUAUUAAAACAGAUUUUAUACUAUUUACAAGUAAUAAUAAUAAAUACCAAUCCAAUCACGAACUAUUGCUCAAUAAUAAUAAUAAUAAUAAUAAUUUUAAAAUUAAUAUCAAUAGAUGUUAUUUAUUCAUUGUAGAAAUGUAAAUUAAAACCUCUGCAGAUUGCAACUUAUUCUCAUAUCUUUAAUUAAAUCAAAAUAUACAGGAUAAAGAAUAAAUCAAGCUAACCACCACAAUUUAAUAAUGUUGAUGGUCUUAAUAUCUAAAAGUGAAUAUUAGAAUAUAUCCUACCCGAAAUCUUUUCAGUAUUAGUUUCUGAAGCAUCAUCAAAACAGGAUUUUAGCAAUCAACCAAAUAAUUCAAAAAACUAAUCAAAUAUAUAUUUAAAUAUCGAAUUAAAUAAAUUUAAUAAUAGAGCACCAUAUUUAAAAAAAAAAUAAUAGUAUUAACUCAAUAAAUCAAUAAUCAGUCCUCAGUUAUUAGAAGCCUUUAAGAAAGCUAAUAUU